AUGUCAUCUCCACGAAAAUCGGAAAAAAUUGGCAGGUCUUUCCGAGACAACGACAAGGAAGACAGAGAAGACGAGGAAAAAGGUGGAUUCGUUGGUAAAGUUAAGGACUUCAUCGAAGAUGUAGGUGAUAAAAUCGAAGAAAAAGUUGGAUUUGGGAAACCAACUGCAGAUGUUACUGCAGUUCAUUUCCCUUAUAUCAAUCUAAAAAAGGCAGAAAUAGUAGCAGAUGUGUUAGUGAAGAAUCCAAAUCCCAUUCCAAUCCCUCUCAUCGAUAUAAAUUACUUGAUUGAGAGUGAUGGAAGGAAACUGAUCUCAGGAUUGAUCCCUGAUGCUGGAACAAUCCAUGCACAUAGUUCAGAAACUGUGAAAAUACCCGUGAAUUUGGUAUAUGAUGACAUAAAAGAUACAUAUCGUGAUAUAAAGCCUGGAAGUAUCAUUCCUUAUCGGAUUAAAGUAGACCUCAUUGUUGAUGUACCUGUUUUUGGUAGACUUACUCUGCCUCUUGAGAAAAAAGGCGAGAUUCCUAUACCUCACAAGCCCGAUAUUGAUGUUGAGAAAAUACAUUUUCAAAAAUUUUCUUCUGAAGAAACAAUAGCUGUUCUUAAAUUGAGACUAGAGAAUAAGAAUGACUUUGAUCUCGCGGUUAAUGGACUUGAUUAUGAUGUUUGGUUAUCCGAUGUCAACGUUGGUGGUGCUGAUUUAGAGAAAUGUGCGAAGAUCGGGAAGAAUGGAGUCAGCUAUAUAGAUCUUCCUAUUACUUUCAGGCCGAAAGAUUUUGGUUCUGCUCUUUGGGAUAUGCUUCGCGGGAGAGGUACUGGCUACACUAUGAAAGGUCAUGUUAACGUGGACACGCCAUUUGGUGUAAUGAAGUUACCUAUUAGUAAGGAGGGUGGAACAACGCGUCUCAAGAAGAAUAAAGAAGAUGGUGGAUCAGAUGAUGACGAUGAAAAUGAGGUUAGUUAA